AUGGUGAAACUAACCACCAUUCUUUUACUGGCUUCUUUCUCUUAUCUUCUUGUUCAUGUUCAUGGUUUCACUGCUUCAAGAUGGAUCAAAGCUCAUGCAACCUUCUAUGGCGGCAGCGAUGCUUCCGGAACAAUGGGGGGUGCUUGUGGGUAUGGUAACUUGUACUCGACCGGGUACGGUACUAGAACGGCUGCGUUGAGUACGGCUCUGUUCAAGCAGGGUGCGGCUUGUGGCCAAUGCUACAAGAUCAUAUGUGAUCACAAGGCCGACUCUCGAUGGUGCAAGAAAGGAGUCUCGGUGACUGUUACUGCUACGAACUUUUGCCCGCCGAAUUAUGCUCAAGGGAAUAAUGCUGGCGGAUGGUGCAACCCGCCCCUCCAACAUUUCGAUAUGGCUCAACCCGCUUGGGAGAAAAUCGGCAUUUACAAAGGUGGGAUCGUUCCCGUCAUCUUUCAAAGGGUACCAUGUAAGAAACAUGGCGGAGUUCGGUUUACGGUGAACGGAAGAAACUACUUUGAGCUUGUUUUGAUCACAAAUGUCGGUGGGGCUGGGUCGAUUCGAUCAGUGCGUGUGAAGGGGUCAAGAACCGGUUGGACGCCCAUGUCAAGCAACUGGGGGGCUAACUGGCAAUCUAACGCCUACCUGAAUGGCCAAUCAAUGUCGUUCAUGAUCACGACAACAGAUGGAGUGACAAAAACUUUCUCGAACGUUGUCCCUUCAAACUGGAGAUUCGGUCAAACCUACUCAAGCCGAGUACAAUUCUAA